AUCACUUGAACGUUUCCCAUGAACCAUUGUCAGUGCAUCUUUACCUGUUGGUUGAUCUGCAGAGGCUUGGCCUUCACGCGUCACGACGCUGACCACGAGAAUGAGCCAGCUUAAGAGAGCUCGUCGACUUCUCAGCAGCCUCUUUACCAGGCGGAAAGUCUCAAAGUUGCCUGUAGCACCGUCUACAAUACCGACACUCGUGCUCGACAUCCUCCCAAUCAUCGCCCAGUACCUAUGCGAUGACCACGACUAUUCUGCUUUACACGCUUGUUCUCUCGCCUGUAGGGCUUGGAGUGCGUACUUCCAGCCAUAUCUCUUCCGUUGCAUUACUCUACAUACCAAUAAACGCGUCUCCACUCUACAUGAACGCCUUUGCCAAAACCCCUCUCUCACAUCGUACAUUCGUGAUCUCAGUCUCGACUUUCGGGUUCUCAGGCCCCUCCCAGUCUCGCUAAUGACAACUUUAGUCUCGCUUGAUACAAUCAGAAUAGUCGGACUGGCCAACCCUGCCUGGAUAAAGCUCCCUCAUUUUCAGCCUCUGGUCCAAAGUCUCACCUUGUUACCUUCUCCACCGGGUAAGGUGGUAUUUGUACGUGCGAGCGCACCUACUUCCGCCUUAUGCCAAGUCCUCUCCGUAUUCUCUCACGCGAAGCAUUGCGAGCUCAACAUGGUUGGCUUCGCGGACUUCAAUCCCGAGGACUGGACCGUCCCUACAUCUGUAGUACCCCCUCCUAUGCUGUCUUCCUUGAAGAUCAGUGUGAGGAGUUUCCCCAAAGAUGGCGCAUUCUUUCGCCAGUUGGUUGAUUCUGGUGUUAAAUUGCACAGUCUAGAUGUCGAGUUCCACUAUAUGGAGCAGGUCAAACAGUCGACCGUAUGCGAGUUCAUUCAGAAUCAACCAUCGCUCUGUCACCUCUCCAUAGGUGUUCGAGUGCCAAAACCCGGUGAUUACAACGGCUAUGUGCUACACACUACAGCAUUCCCACAAAAGCUUCUCUUGACAUCUCUCACCUCCCUCACCUCUCUCGCUCUUGACGUUCCCUCACACAUCUCAGUAGCCACCGACUGGCUUCAACAACUGCCCUCUCCGCAUCUCCUUGCUUCGCUCUGUCUAAACCUUCCCUUUACCACUUAUGAUCCCUAUGAAGUUGAACACUUGGAUAGUUUGCUCUCGGAUAGGUUUUGUUGGCUGAAGGAGCUGAGUAUCCGGGAUACUAUGAAUGAAGGAGAAUGGCUGCAGACUGGGAAGGAUAUAUUUCCCAAGACGUGGACUAUGGGAGUGAGAAUGGGACGCCAUAGGUGAUAGAAUUACAACCACGGUCCAGGACUCAACCUUGAAAUGACGUCACGAUUCCAGGCUGCGACGUCGAAUACACUGCAGAGUACUGAAGGCCUGACCUUCCCGUCCGUAUACCAUGGCAUCCACGCGAAUUAUGACACCACUAUAACGACAACCUUCGCGCUCCACUUCCACGCCGUUUUGCUGUAAAUCUCUCAAUGCUCCCUUAGAUGCCUCUCUGAUUGCCAAGGUGACUGUGGCUAAGGUUCAUCCCACCCGACCCCCCUGUCGGUCCUCUUCAUGCGGCUUUACGGUCGAUACUUAAGUAUUGCUUGUUCCUCGUUCCUCACUGUUGGCUCCUUGUCACACCUGCGUAUGGUCGGCGAGCGUGGCAUUUAACUCACAAGCGUUGUAUAUCCUAGAGCGGUGAGCAUUUGCCAAGAGAAACUCGGAGUGUAGCCUUGUCACUCCCUUGCAUCACAACAAAGUCGUUCUACUGCAAUAGACACUCAAACCCAUGAUUUGAAGAGCCCAUCAUUUCCAAGUCUUCUCCGCUAACAUUCAGCAACUUUUCCAUCUGUCACCUCUAUUCUCGUGCCCGAUCUGAUCACAUGGGCCUCUCCGGACAGGC